AUGGCACGACAACCUAGAUAUAAACUUGAACAACCGCGUUAUUAUUCUAAUAAUCCAUUCAAUGGUGAUCAUUUGACUACUACACCGAAAAUCCAUUAUAUCUCUAGGAAUAACCAUGACCAAUUGAAUGCUAAUUCAACUUUUCGUCAAGUGACCAUUGAUUUAAAAGCUGCACGGGAAAGACGACAAUCAUACAAAAUAGCACAACAACAACCCUUAAUUAUUCCGCGUAUUAAUCAACCGCGCAUAAAUGAAAAUCAUUAUUUCCCAAAAUUUAAUGAAUAUUCUACUAAUGAAAUGAUAAUAAAAGAGAAAAAUAGGCGACUAGAAAACAAGAGUCAACAUCAAUCAUCAAAGUGUUAUCGCUCUCAUCGAUCAUCAAAAUCUAGCCGUUCGGAUCGAUCCAGUCAAACAUCAUCAGGCGACGUUGGUUGCUGUUGCUGUACUACUGAUUCCGGUUCCAGUACAUCAAAUUCAGAUGACGAUGGUUCCUAUGUUAUUGAUUUCAGUCCCAAUACGUCAAAUUUACAUGAAGAUGGUUGCGGCGAAUGUGGAAACUGUUGUGAUAGCCUUAGUUGCGACUGCGAUGGAUGUGAGGUCGAUUGCUGA